CACACACCUCCUCCUGAUUCAGCGGAACAGAUUUAUUCGUCACCUCUCUCGGCAGCCUCACGCAGUGAGCCGGCUGCAAAACACAAGACAAUCCCAAACCCAGUAGCACCUGCCCCGUCCGUCAACCCGUCUGUCUGUCUGCGCAGAUUAGCGACACUGUUACAACUCUGACUGCGUGCUUACUGGCGUCUACUGCGUCUGAGAGACCGAAGGGGGACACGACAUCCUGAGAGACGAGCGGCGAAUGUGAAUGAUGGGAAAACUAAAAAGCGAGGACUGCAUUGAGCAUGGGCCAAUGGAUAAACUGCGGGACAAAUAGAUAAACAAAACAAAAAAAGCUCUGUUUCUGCACCUCUACCUAAGGACCCCCUUGCAGGGAGAUGUUCAUCAUUAUGGGAUAGAUGCAUAGGUCUGCACGUUGCCAUGGAUACCAGCACGCGAAAAUUCACAGUGCGGAGAUGGUUUUCUAUCUACCUGAAGAACAAGGCGGCAAGGAACAAGAACACCACUGGCUUCUGUCAACUAGAGGAUGACAGUAUACUUAAGGAGAUUGACAUCAGCCACCAUGUUAAGGAGGGAUGUGAGAAAGCUGACCCCUCCCAGUUCCAGCUGCUUAAGGUGCUGGGACAAGGCUCCUAUGGAAAGGUGUUUCUGGUGAGAAAAAUCAGAGGAUUGGACAGAGGACAGCUGUAUGCCAUGAAGGUCCUAAAGAAAGCCACACUGAAAGUUCGGGAUCGUGUCCGGUCGAAGAUGGAAAGAGACAUUCUAGCAGAAGUGAACCAUCCAUUUAUAGUUAAACUGCACUAUGCCUUCCAGACAGAGGGAAAGCUCUAUCUGAUCCUAGACUUCCUCCGAGGAGGAGAUCUUUUCACUCGUCUGUCAAAAGAGGUAAUGUUUACAGAAGAGGAUGUAAAGUUUUACCUCGCAGAGUUGGCCCUGGCCUUGGACCAUCUACACAGUCUGGGGAUCAUCUACAGGGACCUCAAACCUGAAAAUAUUCUUCUGGAUGAAGAAGGAAAUAUUAAGAUAACUGACUUUGGAUUGAGUAAAGAGGCCAUCGACCAUGAUAAAAGAGCAUAUUCCUUCUGUGGAACAAUAGAGUACAUGGCUCCAGAGGUCGUGAACAGGAGAGGGCAUACACAAAGCGCUGACUGGUGGUCAUUUGGGGUACUUAUGUUUGAGAUGUUGACCGGAUCGUUACCAUUCCAAGGAAAAGAUCGGAAGGAAACAAUGGCGCUUAUUCUAAAAGCAAAGCUGGGAAUGCCACAGUUCCUCAGUCCUGAAGUCCAGAGUUUAUUAAGAGCGCUCUUCAAAAGGAACCCUGCUAAUCGACUAGGUGCAGGGCCAGAUGGAGUGGAGGAAAUAAAAAGACAUCGCUUCUUUGCAUCAAUAGACUGGAAUAAGCUGUACAGGAAGGAAAUGAGGCCGCCGUUCAAACCUACAGUUGGAAGACCUGAAGACACUUUCCAUUUUGACCCUGAGUUCACCUCCAGAACGCCCACUGAUUCUCCCGGCAUCCCUCCCAGCGCAAACACACACCAGCUGUUUCGAGGUUUCAGCUUUGUUGCAACGAAUCAAAGUCAGGAGCCUAGUGUUGCUACGGUAGCGGCUUCUCGUCAGGAGGUGAACAACAUCAACCCCAUAGCAAAGCAUCUACAAGGUGAUGUGGCCUUCAGUGACGUUUAUGAGCUUAAGGAGGAAGUUGGACAGACAUCGACUUCUGUCUGCAAAAGAUGUCUACACAGAGUGACCGCUGUGGAGUAUUCAGUGAAGAUCAUUGACAGAGCGAGGAAAGAUCCAGCAGAGGAGAUUGAGAUUCUGUUAAGAUACGGACAGCAUCCAAAUAUUAUUACCCUGAAGGAUGUGUUUGACGAUGGCCAGAGUGUGUUCCUGGUUCAGGAUUUACUGAGAGGAGACGAGCUGCUGGACAGAGCUCUGACUGUGCCAAAUUUUACAGAGAGAGAUGCGUCAGACAUCAUCUGCACACUGACCAAGACUGUGGAAUAUUUACACUCACAGGGGGUUGUGCAUCGAGACCUGAAGCCAAGUAACAUUCGCUAUUCUGAUGACAGUGGACUCCCAGAAUGCAUCAGGAUUUGUGAUUUUGGUUUUGCCAAACAGCUCAGGGCUGAGAAUGGCUUAUUGAUGACCCCCUGUUACACAGCUACGUUCAUGGCUCCUGAGGUCCUAAAAAAACAGGGUUAUGAUGCAGCCUGUGACAUCUGGAGUCUGGGGAUCCUGCUCUACACCAUGAUAGCUGGUUUCAGCCCAUUUGCCAGCAGUUCUGAGGACACAGUGGAGGAAAUUCUGGCUCAAAUCGGCUGUGGGAAAUUCAUCAUCACAGGAGGGAACUGGGACCUGGUUUCAGAAGCUGCCAAGGACAUAGUGAUCAAGAUGCUCCAUGUGGACCCUCACCAGCGCCUGACUGCACCCCAGGUUCUUCGUCACCCCUGGAUUGUAGACAGAGACCAGCUCUCUGAAAGAGCUCUCAGCAGACAAGAUGCUCUCACUGUAAAGGGGGCGCUGUCUGCCACCUACUCUGCUCUGAAGCGCUGUGCUCCUGCUCCGGUCCUGGAGCCGGUUCAGUCCUCCAGCCUGGCUCAGCGGCGAGGAAUGAAAAAACUUGGGAGUCCCAAACUAAAUCCAGACCCUAAAGAAAAGGAGUAGCCUGAUAAAUCUGUAUGAAACUCAAAACAAAUUCAACAUGGACCACAAAAUAAAAGCUUUAGAAAAGGAUAAACAUUGUUCCAAAGUGCCCAUAAAAUGUAUCAGAUUUUAAAAAAUCCCAUCACAAAGGAACUAAGCUAAAAACUAAAUUAAUUUUUAAACAAAUCUGAUACUGUGCAAAAUAACAUCCAUCAUGUGCACCUGCACUUUUCAAUCUGAACAAACCCAAUGGCUUGAAUGAGUUGACUAUUAUUGUGCUAAAAUGAAUCAUUCUUAAUCCUGAACACAGAGGGUUUUAUUUAGUCACACUGAAGCCUUUGUCGAUCCUUCUGGAUUUGUCUUGUGGGUAUUACAAACUCACUUUGAAAGUCACCCUUGAUUUCAACUGGUUGAGAAAACCUUUUACCUAAAUUAUAUACUCACUUUAAUUUUAAGCCCGACUCUCAGAAGAAAGCAUUUCUCAAAGUUUGGUCAUGGCAAUAAAAGUGUCAGGAACUAAUGUGCAGCUGAUAUCAAAGUGAACACAUGGACAUUUUUUGGUCCUACAUGUACAAUAAGAGGUUUAGUGCAAUAUACAUAGACUAAUUGUCCAUAUCCUUAGCAGCUCCAGCAGCUAAUGUGAGACAAAUUAGUCUGGUCACCAAAACAAAAAAAGCAGUAUUCAGUGCCACAUAUAUGUCACAAGGAGUUCACAUACAUCAAUACUGUCUUCCACAGUCAUCGCUCUGACAUAUAGUAUCUAACUAUAGACAUAGGUUUGUUAGAGUGUUAGCUUGUAUUUGAAAGAGUACUCUCACUCUGAUUAUAGGAUUUUUUUCUCUGAAUUCUACAGACUUAUGCAUGUUAAAAAUGUAAAUAACCUACCAAAGGGAAUCAUUGAGUUAACAAUGCCAUUGAAGUCUUAUUGUUCAUACUAUGCUUAAUAAUUUUAAAUGUAUGUAUUGUUGUCUUCCAUAAAUACAGCCUUGUAAAAUGUAUUGUUAAAUGUAUCGCACACACUGAAUUUCCCAGCUCAGAUAGAACAGUGGGUUAUGAAGGAAUUUAUGUUGAACGUAGUUUGUUGUGUUUUUUUUCAUAACAUAUUCCAAAUGUUAUUUGGCCUAAGAGUAGUCAUGGAGAGCAUCAUAAGACCAUUUGGUAAAAGUCACAAUCAUAGCAAAACUCUGCAGCCUACACUGCUUUGUAUUAUGAACUCAGCAUUCAGUGUGAUAGAUAAUCUGUCAGUGUGUGCAAGUAGCUGCCGGUACACUUCUGUUUGCUGUUAGUGUCUGAAAGCCAAAAUGUUUGAGAGCCACUGUGUCAGAGGAUUGUAUAUACUGUCUAUUGCUGCUGCCCUGAUUGUAUCUAAUAAGUUGUACAAUCAAUAAUACGAGGUAAGACUGAACAGGGUGUUUUGCAGACAUGAGUAGCACACUUUGUGUUGUAUGAUAACAGUGUUAUACUGUGUACCAGUAGGAAUGUAGAUUAUGAUGCUCCACAGUUAAUAUGCAUACUUACUGGUCAGAGGUAAAACAAAACAUAUUGUGAGGUGUAACCAAAAGUACUGUAGCAGAGAUACAGUCAUUCUGUACAUAUGGUGUUUGCCGAUACGCAGGCUGUUUGUGUUGUGAUGCAUUGCACAACUGUGAAAGGUGGAGCUGGGGCUGAUGCAACUAAGAGUAUGCAGAUCAGGUUGUAGAUAUUGUGCCGUACAACCACGAGUUCCAGGUAAAGCUGUAAAUAUUGUUUACUAAUCUAGAUUGUACAUAUCGUGUUGUACAACUAUCGGCAAGCAGGAAGACUGUAUAUAUUGUGUUUGCAGAUAUAUAGAGAUUGUACAUAAUAUAUUGUGUCGUGCAUCCAUUGCUCUGAGUGUACAUACUGUCUAUACCUGGCCAAUCAUUGAAAUUAUUGGCUAGAAUGCCAAAGUUUUACAAAUAAAAGAAAAUAAAAGAAACACAG